GUUCACGUUGAACCGACUGAUGACGUCAUAAGCCGUACACAGCCUGAAUCGUAUUCUGAACAGAAUUUUACGAUUUUUCCAUCAAAAUGUCGUACGCAUAUUUAUUCAAAUACAUUAUUAUAGGAGAUACAGGUGUUGGUAAAUCAUGCCUCCUCCUACAGUUCACCGACAAACGAUUCCAGCCAGUCCACGAUCUUACAAUAGGUGUUGAAUUUGGUGCACGGAUGAUCAAUAUUGAUGGCAAACAAAUCAAGUUACAGAUAUGGGAUACAGCUGGUCAAGAAUCCUUCCGAUCCAUCACAAGGUCUUAUUACAGAGGUGCAGCAGGAGCUCUCUUGGUAUAUGAUAUCACUAGGCGAGACACAUUCAAUCACUUGACGACAUGGCUAGAGGACGCUCGCCAACAUUCAAGUUCAAACAUGGUCAUUAUGCUAAUUGGUAACAAGAGUGAUCUGGAAGCGAGACGAGACGUCAAGAAGGAAGAGGGCGAGGCCUUUGCCAGGGAACACGGUCUUAUCUUCAUGGAGACCUCGGCCAAGACGGCCGCUAACGUUGAGGAAGCCUUCAUCAACACUGCCAAGGAGAUCUAUCAAAAGAUCCAGGAAGGCGUCUUUGACAUCAACAAUGAGGCUAAUGGAAUCAAACUUGGGCCUCAGCAUAAUACAGUCAACCCAGCACAACCCUCGGGUGAUAGGGGGCAACAAGGCGGCCAGGGCUGCUGCUAAUCUACCCCCCUUUGGUUGCAAACUGAUGCCCUUCCGCUAUCUGGAGCCCCCCUCUCCAUCUAGUAUAUUUUCAGCCCCCAGCCCUUGCCCGCUAGCGUUCUGCCUUUGUCCGCCCCCAUCAAUAUCCGCGUAUCCUCUCUUCCUAGUCUAUCUGUGAGUGUAGAUAAACCUUUUAGGGCAACUUUGUACCCCUUAUCUGGAUUCAGCCCCCCUCUAGUUGAUCUCCUACUACCCCCCAACCAUUCCUCGUAUGUGCCCCUUUGUACUACACAUGUUAGGUACCUGUCCUAGGUAGGCCAAGCAACCCCUCCCCCUUGCCCUAAGCACCCAUUCCUCGCGCCCCUGACUGUCAUGUUCAUCGACUCUCUGUCUGCAUGUCCACCAACUGCAAGCACAACUGCAUUCGAUAGGUCGGUAUGUGUCUGCACAGGGCACUGUAAUACUGUGGUAUAUUACAUAUCACAGUGUAUAUUGCAGUGUAUAUUUCAUGUAGAUUACAUAAACAUGGUAACAGUGAUCUGUUGUAUAUGACAUGCUUUAUCAUGAUAUUGUGUUAGGAUGAGGGGAAGGGAUAGUUUGAUAGAUAAAUAAAUAAAUAUAUAUAUAUAUAUAUAUUAUAUAUAUAUAUAUAGCCAUGAGGGGUCCUUACGGAAUACUCUUUGGGGGGCAUGAUGUCAUUCUUCUGUAAAUAGCCAUGUACUUGUGGAUAUUAUAGUCAAGUGGUCUGGUAAUAAUGUGCAUUUCUUGAAAAUUUUAACUAGAUUCUUUUUGUAGCAUGAUAAAAAUGUCUGUUUUAUGUGAUCACAUUUGAAACGCCCCCAUUCGUAAAGGAAUUUGGGCGUAAAGCCAUUUUGUAGUAUUAAUAAUAUACAAAUUUAUUGAAUUAUUAUUUGAAAUGAUGGUAUCUAAUAUCAUUUCAGACUUGUCAGUCAGGUAAAACUAAUUUGAAGAAAAAAAAUCUUGUGCAAGGACUGAAAUCUAUAUAAAAGUACACCUCUAAGAUACAUUGUGGUUUAUGUAUUCAAUUUGAAUUAUUUUGCAAUAUAUAGAUUUGGAGGAAGCAAAUAAGAAUUAAAGCCUGCUAUUAAAUGAGAUAUAUUAAGAAAUGGUGUAUAAAAUCCCAUAUUGUCUUCUCUGCAUUUCAAAUACAGAAUACUAAACCUAGUUUUUCUUUUAAUCCCUUGUUUUGUUUACUUUGAAACAAACUUUCAAUUGCCAAAUAAUCAUGAUUAUUUACAAGUGUCACUUACAAGUGUCACAAGUGUAAUAUUUAAGAUUGUAGACUAUCUUGUAUCUGACUACAGAGAAAGGAGCGGAAUAACCAAAGUGUUUUGUAUCAGCAAGGUGUCAUGCAAUUAAAAUUAUGUUAUACAGGAGACGGUUAACCAAUGGUUUGAUUUUAAAUAGGGAUUGAAAUGCUUUUUUUUUAGUGAGAGGUGAAGAGGUUUAUAGAUGAUUAUAGAUGAUUUAAAGAAAAAAAAUAAUUAAUUUAACUAUGAGACUUAUCAUCAUGCAUUCCAUAUAGAGAGUCUCAAAAUUAAGAUAAAUUAUAUAUUAUUCUUUAAAUAUUAAUGUCUCUUUCACACAAGCUUUGUGAUUUUUUUUGUUAUUUGUUUUAGCUUUGGCUGAUAGUUCAAUGGUAGCAAUGGAAAGGAAGUACUGACGAUUCCAUAGUGGAAGAAAAAAAAGGACAGUUUGACAUUUUCUUGCCCACUGACCACACAAAUAAUUGAUGGGGGAAAAAAAAGAGAUGGAAAAAAAAGGUCUUGUGAAAGGAAUAUUAAUUGAUGGUUGUUGAUUUCUCAUUUUUAGGGUAAGAUAUAUAGAAGUUUGGCAUAUGUUAUCAGAACAUCUUUGUUUCUGUUACGACAUGCACCAUAUUUCCAUUGAUUUCGCCUCAAAAUGAUGAAUGUCUACAAGUGACCAUUGAUUAAUAUGGCACUUGGUGAUGCCUUGAGAUGACCCCAAACAAAACUUUAUUAAUUACUUGUAUGAUUAGCCGGCAUGAAAAUGUAGUAGUAAUGUCCAUUUUUCUCUAUAACUAUGGAAUCUCAGAUAAUUUGAUCGAUAGUAUGUAGCAUGGAUGUUUAUGUGUUAUAUUUAUUAAAUUAUUAUGUUAAUGGAUUGAGGUAGGGAAAAAGCAUUAUCUGGUUAUUGUGAAUGAUCAAACAGAUUAUCGUUUCUUCAAAGUUGAGAAAAAACAGGGAGCAACCUCCUCUAAAUUGACAAAGAGUAACCAGCUCGUCUCGUUAGAGCAUAAGAAAUAUAUGGAUCAAUGUUUGGGUAGUUUAGUAUUGGAAGGCAGUAUUUUUCACUUUGACUUGGUGAUAAUUAGACUUUUAGGGUUCUAUAUAAAAACAAAGUAUUGAGAAAUCUCAAUGUCGGCAGAGUUUGUCACGUGAGCCUAAUCUUUGUGCAAUGUAUGUGCAGCUUAACGGCCAAGGUAGCUUUUGGACGUAUCGUUUGAGUAGCUUCAAAGGCAUGGUGGACCAAACAGAAAUGAUGCAGUGACAACGUUUAUCUCAUUCUGAUUAAGGUAGCAAGGUAUACUGGACUCGUCAAGAAUUAAGUUUAGCCCAAAAUAAGUAAAGGGACAGUAACGAACCAGUACUUAAUGCAGCAUGCUUUGUCUUUGUGUGUUAUGGUGUCUGAUGGUAUAGGGUGUAUCAUAAAAACAAUUAGAGAAACACCAUGAAUAUUCAUUAUUUCUUAUUCCAAUCUAAGGCCUUAUGUGGAUGUAUAUCAUUGUUAUGGAAUUAACCCCUUUGCCAUUUAUAUCGCGCUCCUAUUUGAUAUGAUAUUCCACCCUUGGCAUGCUAGGAAUUUGUAUAUAUGUCGCCCUUAAACCGAUGCAGGUUCCUUUGCCAUCACCACUGUUUAGACCAUUAUGCAAUGCCCCAGCCCCUUUGGUAAAACCCAACUUGAGAGAGAGAGAGAGAGAGAGCCAUUAGCUGUAUCAUCAACUGGCCAUGCACUUUCUCUCUAGUUCAUAACUAUGUAGCUCAUAUUGUAAGGAAUUUGAUUUAUGGAGGUGUAACAUCUAAUGUAGUUUGUACAUACACACUAAGUUAUACACAUGCAAGUUUAUUUUUAAAAUGUACACUGUAUAAUGUUGUCUUGGUUAUUGGUCGAAAUGGAAAAGUCUUGCAUAUUUUUAGUGUGAAAAAAUUGUUCAUUGUACGUGUUAGUUGGUGUUACCAAUCGAGAAAAAUAAACGAAACAAGUUUCUUUCCUGAUCUAAUUAUACAUCAGAGACUCGUAGAAACAAUAUUCAGGCAACCUAGAUUUUAAAACCAGUAAUCUCACUUCUCAUUAUAAAGUAAAGACUGGUUCGUCAAUUGCAGUCCAAAAUUUCUCAACAAUUUUGCAGCAUUCUACGUACAGUAGUCAUUAUCUUUGGGUUAUUUCCCCAUCAUUGUCAGAUUUUGUUGUGCUACAAUAAAUUUGUGUAAUAUUGUCUUUGUUAACUUUAAACAAACCUUAAGAGUGGGCUGCAUUACUCGAGCUCAUAGUCAAAGUGGCGUAACUACCUUUCUCCAAAAAAAAAGAAAAGAUAAUAAAACAUAUGUAUCCUUAUGAAACUGUUAAUACCAACUUUUCAUCUGGUUUUUGUCAACCAUAGUGAAUUCAGAUUUUUGUUUUCCCAGUUGAGAAAGGCAUACAUAUAUAUAGGUGCAAUUAUAAAAGAAGUAUUAUUCCUGUUUUCUUUCUUCAUCACUUAUUUGUAUAUGCCACCUGGGCAGAGUAGAUAUAUACUUUUUAAAGAUCAAUGUUUUGUUAUUGGAAUUUAAUAGGCUUUUGUUUAUCAAUCCAGCGUACUUAUGCUCCAAGAUGUAUAUUAUAUGGGUGAAUACUUGCAUUUAUUAUGAAAAUGAGGUCAGUUUAAAGAGUAAUUGUCUUAAUCUAAUUCUGUCUUUGAUCUAAGCUCUUUCUCAGAUACAUUAGAAUAGUGAACAUGAAGAUAUCAUAGACAAUUCUUCUUUGCUUUCAAGUUUCUCAUUUUAUGCUCCUCAGAUCCGGGUUAAACUGCACAAAUUUAUAUCAGAUUUCAAAAGCUUUAUAUGCAUAUUCUGUACUGGACUACAAACUACUAUAUUGUACAUGUAAAUAUUGAUAUAUGUCAACAUAUUUCUACGCCAUAUAAUCUGGCUCUCUCAUAGUUUAUACCCGUUGGCCUCUAUCCGCCACAAAAGACCCAAAUUUCCUGCCAGAUUCGUAGAAACAGGCCAAGUUAAAACUGGGCACUGUUCCAUAAAAGUUGUGAUCAAGAACAAAAUGCUACAAUUGUUGAUAAGCUACUGAAAUCCUUGCGUUUUAAUGGCUAUGAGCAGAUAUGUGAUAGAAUUGUAGCACUUGUUAUUGAUAACAAGUUUUAAGAACCCGGGCCCCGAUUUAAUUCCGGUUUAGCAUAGUGCGCCAACUUGCGUAGUGCAAAGUGUUAAUAUUUCCCCUGUAGAAGUUACUGCAAUUCUGUAAUUCUAAAUUGAUAAGCUCCGUAAAUCCAGUCAUGAAAUGAAAAUGAGAAAUUGAUUUCACAACACGUUUUUUUGUUUGUAAAUAUUAUUACAGAUUAACAGUAAAUUUCACCUGAUGAAGAGGUCGACACUUGGUGUUUCUUAAAUAGGUGGACUAACAUCAAAUCAUAAUCUCUUGUGACAUGAAACUUCCUAGAUUUGCCAACAAGUGGUUUUUCAAACCAAGAAACAUUCGCAAAUUGAACCCCAAAACAAUCGUUAUGAUUCAAUUACUUUGUGAACCACUGGUGAAAUUAAUGAACAUUUCAUGGGCAUGAAAGUUUCGGGUUUUUCCGGUAACUUAACCCUCUGGCCUCUUUAAAACGGUAUUAAAGUUGGGACACUUUUUGUGAAUACUGGACUGGAUUAUUUCAACCUCACUUCUUGAAAGUACUUUGCUGCUAGCCUGACCAUGCUAUAUUGUUUCUAGUGAUUAGAUAGAUGUAUGCAUUUUGAUUCAUUCUAUGUAUUUUCUCUGUAUAUCUGAUCUGAUUAACGAUGAUUGUGGCAUGGAAGAUGAUUAAAAUUGGUCACCAAAACCAGAUAUGUUAAAAAAAA